CUUCUUUUUUUCUUUUUCUUUUCUUUUCCUUACUUCUCAUCUUUAUUAUUUUAUACGUUCUCAAUUUUUAUUAUGAAGAAUAUUGUCAUUGUUGGUGGUGGUUAUGCUGGUAUCAAUGCUGCUAAAAGCUUAGAAAAGAAAUCACUUGGUGAUGAUACUCGGAUCCUAUUGAUAGAAACAAGGUCUCACUUUUAUCAUUCAAUUGGUGCCCUUCGAGCUGGUGUACAACCUUUGGAUGACCGUAUCUUUAUUCCAUACUCUAAAUUAUUUAAUUCUCCCAAGAACAAGGUGAUUCAAGCUACUGUGACCCAUUUUGAUGAAAAAGUUCUUUAUUUGAAUACUCAAGUCCCUGAGUUUGGUAAUCAAAUUUCUUUUGAUUUUUUGAUUAUCGCUACUGGUACGCGUAAUACCAUUCCAGGGAAGCUUCAAGUACCUACAUUGGAAGAAGGCAAAGCACAACUUCAACAGGUUAGACAACAUAUUGAAAAAGCAGAACAUAUCUUGGUGAUUGGUGCAGGUGCCGUGGGUAUUGAACUUGUCGGGGAAAUUCGGCAAACAUAUCCAAGCAACAAGCAAAAGAAAGUGACAUUGAUCCACAAUGAACAACAACUUGGCAAUCCAUCCACUGUCCCACUCAAGAUGCAUAACAAUUUAAUGAAGCAAUUGGUCUCCAGUAAUGUGGAUGUGAUCCUAGGCGACAAAGUCAACUUGACUCCACCUUCUUUAACAACAUCGGCAAACAUUUAUGAUAAUGGUGUGUAUAUUCCUUCGUCUCCUUUACCAUCUACAGAAAACGGUAAGGAUCUAUCUAGUGUAGAUUUGGUACUCUGGGCUACGGGUAAUCAAGCAAAUGUUGGUUGGAUUAAACAAAGUUUCCCCGAACUCGUACAAUCAUCCAAUGGUUAUGUCAAGGUCAAGCCUACAUUACAAGUUGAUCAUCCUACAUUAUUCAACGUGUUUGUCAUUGGUGAUGCUGCUGCUUUAUCUGAAUCGAAGAUGGCUUACCGUACUCCCGAUCAUGCUGCGGUCACUACCGAAAAUAUCACUCUUCUGUUGCGCAAUCCCAAUACCUCUACUCUCAAGAAAUACAAAAAAGGAAUAGAUGCCAUGGUACUUACUUAUGGCGAGAAUGGAGGAAGUUGUGUAUUCCCAAUGGGUAUAGUGGCUGGUUCUUGGGUCGCAUCUAUGAUUAAAAGCAAAUCUUUAUUCAUUGACAACUUUUGGAAAGAAUUGAAUCAAACCCCACCAAGGGUGUCCAAAUAGAUCAUCGUCAUCUGGAUCCAACGAUACUCCAAACUCUAUUACUUAUUACUUUGGUUUGUCUGCCACUAUUGGUGCCAUAGGUCUUCUUCUCUAUUAUUAUUCCAACUCAUUCAAAAUUUAGAUUAGAUAGUUCCCAUCCCCUUUCUUACUAUUCUUAUUCUUAUUAUUAUUACUAUUAUUAUGACUAUUAACUAUUAUUUCAUAUGUAUUACUUUGGACAUUCCUAUAUUACUUUUUACUUUUAC